UCUCGAUUAACCAUUAUAUAUAUAACUAACUAAGAAUGUAUGUUUAUGUUAUGUGGAUUAAUCAGGUAUACUCAGCUCUAUUCUUGAUACAAGUAAAAUAGAAGCUGGGAAGAUGGAGCUGGAAGAAAAAGAGUUCGACUUGACAAAAGUAGUUGAGGGUGUGGUUGAGUUGUUCUAUCCUGUUGGUCUGAAAAAGGGAGUGGAUGUGAUUUUGGAUCUCCAAGUCAACAAAUUUUCUCAAGUCAAAGGGGAUGAAGGCAGGCUUAAACAGAUAUUGUCAAACCUACUCAGCAAUGCUAUCAAAUUUACUUCAGAGGGUAAUGUGUAUGUUCGUGCUUGGGCCAGGAAGCGUAGAUUGCAGAAUUCAAGAUGCGCACAUGAUGAAGAAUCUGCAGGAUGCUGCUUGUUGUUUAGAACCACCGAAGCGAUAGAUGAAGUCCAUCACCAUCACCAUGAUGAUCCUAAUUCCAUGGAAUUCGUAUUUGAAGUAAACGAUACUGGAAAGGGUAUUCCCAAAGAGAAACAAGCGUCUAUCUUUGAAAACUACGUUCAGGUCAAAGAAACGGAAACGGCUCCUAAAAUUGAAGGCACUGGAUUAGGCCUUGGAAUCGUCCAGUCUCUGGUACGAUUGAUGGGCGGAGAGAUAAGCAUAGUUGACAAGGAAGUGGGUGAAAAGGGCACAUGCUUCAGGUUCAGUGUUGUAUUUAAGGCUUGUGUAUCUGAUCUCAGUGAAGACAACAAGACUGUGAAAAGCUCUCCUCCUAAACAAGGCUAUAAUUCUUCUAUAGUUGUUCUCUUCAUUAGCAGUGAUGAAAGGCGUAAGAUGGCACAAAAUUUUAUAGCAGAGCAAGGAAUUAAAGUUUUAGCAGUGAAAAACAUAUGCCAACUUUCAGAAAGUCUCCGGGAGUUUAGACGACAAGAAGAGGAACAAAACAGAUCAUCAUCUGAUUUAAGUUUAAGUUUUGGGUACCUGAACUGGCCCACACUUACACUCACAUCAAAUGGAGUUCAAGCCCGAAAAAGGAAUGAUAAUGAAGCAAGUCAUGUACCAAAUUUCAUAUUGCUUGUGAUCGAUACAACACGGGUUGACUUCAAUGAGCUAUGCAAAGCAGUUGCUGAAUUCAGAAAAGACUCCAAGAAUGCAUGUUCUAGAAUCGUCUGGUUAGGUUCUAAGUGCAUUCAACUCCAAGGCCUCGACCAGAAGAAGCUUCCCCCGUCUGACAUCAUCAUACCCAUGCCGCUCCAUGGCUCACGUCUACACUCGUUGAUACAUCUUCUUCCAGAAUUUGGGGCACCAACACAUGCAAAUCAUCAGCAAAUGACAAAACGGAAUCGCACCCAAGAAGAGGAGGAAAUUGUAAGGUUUUCGAUGAGCAGUAGCAGCCCUUUGAGAGGGAAAAAAGUGUUGGUGGCAGAAGAUGAUUCUCUGCAGCAGAUGAUAGCCAAGAAGAUACUUUUGAAGCUUGGCGUCAGUUUUGAGAUGUGCAGAAACGGGAAAGAAGCUUUCGCCAUGGUCACCAAAGGGCUAAGUCAUCAAAGAAACCUCGGAGCUUCACAUAUUCUUCCAUAUGAAUAUGUCUUUAUGGAUUGUCAGAUGCCGGAAAUGGAUGGUUGUGAAGCAACAAGACUGAUACGACUGGAGGAGAAAGAUUAUGGUGUGCACAUCCCGAUCAUUGGAUUAACAGCACAUGCAGAGGGGGUGGAACUAAACAGGUUUAUUGAAGCGGGAAUUGACAUCAAUAUAUCCAAACCACUAAACGAGCACAAGAUAUUAAAAGUGAUCGAAGACCUCCACACAAGAAAAUGA